CAAUCGAGGGGAUGCCACGGGUGGGUCGGAUAUCAUGAAUGGAUCUGCUACUUCGACAUCUUGUUCGAACUUGGUGUCAAAGAUGGAAGUCUUUUGAACUCUGCUUGGUUACAUAUUGCUUAAAGUCUCAUAACAAACGGAAUGAGAAACUUUGAAUGCAUAGAGUGAGAAAACCCGCAACAAAGGUUUCAUUCCCUCGUUCCCUUCAUUUACUGAGCGAUUAGUUAACUUGGUUCUUGCAUCAAUUUAAAUUUUGACAACAUGAUAAGUGACACAGAAUUAUUACGACAGUGUCCUAAAGAGGGAGUGGAUCUGUAUUUUUGGAAGGAUGAAGACAAUGACAUUCAAAUGAAUGUAAUGACACAUGAAGACACCAAAAGGGAUCAAACAAAUUUCCUUCAGUCUACUGACCGACAAGUACGGCGACAUGAGGGACAUGACGGUAAACUUGGGAGGUGGGGAUGAAUGUUUGGUACGGAAAACCGAAUCGACUAUUUGUCACUUUGAAAGUGACCCCUUCAACCUAGACGGAUGCAAAAUAAAGGAACUUGAAGAACAAUGGGGGUGGAAAGUCGACCCUAAGUUGUCCUACUCUUUCCGCAUUUACACAAACGAUGCAUGGGUCGCUGACCAAUUAAAAUCCUACAUCCGGAGAAAAUUCGGAGUUGUGUGCGCCAAAGCUCCAUACAGUUCAGAAGUAGUUUUGGCUAAACACGCUUCAAAACUCGAUGAUCAUUUAAGACAAUUUCUCCCUCGUCUUCCUCAGAUACGGGAGGAUUAUUUUAACAACCCACCUCCUCCUCCUCCAGACAAACUGCAAAAUCCAAGACAUACACCACCAUCAAAUGAAAAACGCCGAUGCGAGUUGUGUUCUGAAACUCUAAUUGGUAUUGGGGAUAGUCAUUCUAAUCACAUGAAGAACUGCCACUACACUGGACCGAAUGCAUUUCCUUGCGAUUUAUGUCCCUGCACUUUUCAAACAACAGCAAGUCGAAAAAUACAUCGGGGGUUGUUCCACCAAGGUGCAGAACCACAAAAAAGGAAUACGUUCGGUAUUGUCGACAUUAGUGACGAAAAUGCUGCUAAAUGCGAUGUCCAUUUGGAUCUUAUUCCCUCGGAGAAAGGGUCAAAAGCGGCCAAGUAUAGGUGCAUGUGGAGAGGACAAGGAGGUGAAGAAUGUGGAACAACUUUGGCAGGAUUGACUAUUUCUCGCGACCACAUCUGCUCCCAUUUAGGACUUAAACCUUACAAAUGCCCUGCGUCUGGGUGCAAUUUUGUGUCUUCUAGCUUCAGCCGUGCUGUCCGUCAUUUCAGAAAUUCACAUGAAGGAAGAGAGUCUGAGGAGGAAGAGGUGAAUGAACAAGAUGAAGAACCCCCAGAAAAAAAGACGAAGCCUUCUGCCAAACCACAACAAACCAAGGGGACAAGACAGAGUUAUUAAAUAAUCAACAUAUUAAUUGUACUUGUUAAACGAUAAAAGAAGUUGAAGAUGAAUGAAAUAAAAUCUUCCUCGAAAGUUAAGGGUUAUUUGUUUGUGAUA